CGAUCAAAGCGUGUGGACACAGAAAGCCUUGAAAGUCAUGUCGCCACAUCAACAGUCAUUCAAAAAACAAGUUUUACAGGACAUGAUCUGGGGGAUUCUGCAGCAAUAUAUAUUUACCAGCCCGUUCCGGCCAUUUGGGGAAGAGGGUCGGAAAUUGGAGACUGCAUGGAGAAAUUUGGACUCCGAAAUCAAGGCGGAGGAAGACAUUGGAGGAGUAUACACGUGGCCAAAGCCUUCAGCAGAGAUCGAGCGGUGGAGAUACGUCAACAUUACGGAAGGUCGCGCAGCGUUGACUCAGGCCACCGUUUCCGAAUUGGACCCUCGGGGGAGACUCAAGGCCGGGUUCGAGCGGGCGAUAGAUAGUCUAAAGAAGGAACUCACAUCAUCUCUAGAGGCAAUCGUAGGGUCACGGCGGGACGAUGGCCAUUAUCUGCGCACCUUGGAAGAGUUGCCUGGAAAAGCGGUUAACGUGUGGCUUGGAUUUGGAAUACAGCGAUGCAGAAUUAGAGUGGUCAUAAGGGGGCCACAUUUGACUUCAGUAACGGAAAAAAUUCAGCAAGCAAAAGCUGGCGGUUGGGAACUUGUAAUCAUACCAGAGCUGCAAAGGAUUGGGACCGCAAAAGGCUCAGAGCUCAAUGCGAAACCGUAUCGCAUAUCUGAUGGACAACUUUAUCUAGUGUCACUAGCCCGACGGCAGUGAUCUUCUAUAC